AUGGCCGGCGGAGAGGAAAGCCUAGUCACGGCGGUCUUCCUUCUCGACCUCGUCCACCAGAUUUGUGCUGUGGGGGUAUCCGGUGCUGGCGAUAAGAAUAAAAACAGUGAUGCUUUUAGGAAGGAUUGCAUGGAUCUGGUGCGCAGGGUUUCACUGAUGACACAUUUUCUUGAAGAGAUAAGUGGGCAACUGGGGAAUUUGAAUGCUUUGGGUUCUUGUUCGUCUUCGUCAAAGGAAAUGAAUUGGUGGUCUGAUCUGGCCGCUGCUCUCCAGUCUGCUAAGAAUCUAUUAUCGGUUGCUGGGUCUUUUCAAUCCGCUAAUAAUUCUGAUGGAGCUGCCAAGAAAAUUACGACCCUCUUUCAUGGCGUGACAUGGAAACUGGAGAAAUCAUUGGCUAGUGUACCGUAUGAUCAAUUUGACAUAUCAGAGGAAGUGCUAGAACAGGUUGCGUUGGUGAGAUCACAAUUGCGAAGAGCCACAAAAAGAUAUGGCUCAAUGAAUUCAAGGGAGAUUUCUUUUGCCUUUGCCCAGCCAAUUGACAAAGACGAUGAUCAGUUACCAAAGGGCAACCAAUUAACUAGAAGUUGGCAUAUUGAGAAUAGUGGCAGUGUCAAUCAUAAAGUUGCAGAAAACAUUGAUACUGCUAAUUCAGGAAGUAAUUCCUCAAAAGACCACACUGCAGAUCUGGUGGCCAGUGAAUCAAAUGUUGUUGAUGUGGUUGAGAAAGAUCCUUUGGUUAACAAGAGUGGUGAAGACUUAAAGAAGUCUGAUACACUUAAAAUCCCUGAUGAUUUUCUGUGCCCCAUAUCUCUGGAACUAAUGAGGGAUCCUGUUAUUGUGGCUACAGGACAGACAUAUGAAAGGUCUUACAUACAGAGAUGGAUAGAUACGGGCAACUCAACAUGUCCAAAAACUCAGCAGAAGCUCGAGCAUAUGACACUGACCCCAAAUUACGUUCUAAGAAGUUUAAUAACUCAGUGGUGUGCAGAGCACAAGGUUGAGCAACCAAUUGGGUUAGCAAAUGGGAGGAUAAAAAAGAGUGAUGGAUCUUUCCGUGAUGUUAGUGGCGACAUAGCAGCCAUCCAGGCCAUUGUCCGCAAGCUCUCAAGCCGGUCCAUUGAGGAGCGUAGAGCUGCUGUCUCUGAAGUCCGAUCAUUGUCUAAAAGAAGCACAGACAACAGGAUACUAAUAGCAGAAGCAGGAGCUAUUGCUGUCCUUGUAAACCUUUUAACAUCUGAAGAUACGUUGAUACAAGAAAAUGCUGUUACUUCCAUCCUUAACCUUUCUAUAUAUGAAAAUAACAAGGGACUGAUAAUGCUUGCUGGUGCCGUUCCUUCAAUCGUCCAAGUUCUUAGAGCUGGGAGUGUGGAAGCAAGAGAGAAUGCUGCAGCAACCCUUUUCAGUUUGUCACUCGCAGAUGAGAACAAAAUAAUAAUUGGUGCAUCAGGAGCAAUACCAGCUUUGGUAGAAUUGCUUGAAAAUGGAAGCACAAGAGGAAAGAAAGAUGCUGCAACAGCAUUGUUCAAUCUUUGCAUUUAUCAGGGGAAUAAGGGCAGGGCCGUAAGGGCAGGGAUUAUCACAGCCUUAUUAAAGAUGCUUACAGACUCCAGAAACUGUAUGAUUGACGAGUCUCUGACUAUUCUGUCAGUCCUAGCUAGCAACCAAGAAGCAAAGGUAGCUAUAGUAAAAGCCAGCACUAUACCUGUUCUUAUAGAUUUGUUGAGAACUGGAAUGCCCCGCAACAAAGAGAAUGCAGCAGCCAUUUUGCUCUCCUUGUGCAAGAGAGAUCCCGAGAAUCUUGCCUGUAUAAGUAGACUUGGUGCUGUCAUACCUUUGACGGAGCUUGCUAAAAGUGGUACAGAGAGGGCGAAGCGAAAGGCUACUUCAAUGUUGGAACAUCUUCGGAGGCAACAACUGCACUAA